CCCACACUUCCGUCGCCUUCUGCAAGGCAGCCUGGUUCGUGUUUGCUGCUGAGGGUCUUAUGAAAGCGGCGCGACUCAUGAAGGUGUUCGUCACUGGCCCGUUGCCGGCCGAGGGCAGGGCUGCGCUCGCCCAGGCCAAAGACUGUGAGGUGGAGCAGUGGAACUCGGAUGAUCCCAUCCCCAGAAAGGAUCUGGAGGAAGGUGUGGUGGGGGCCCAUGGCUUGCUCUGCCGCCUCACUGACCGUGUGGACAAGAAACUUCUGGAUGCUGCAGGAGCCAACCUCAGAGUGGUCAGCACCCUGUCUGUGGGGGUGGAUCACUUGGCUUUGGAUGAAAUCAAGUCGCGCGGGAUCCGGGUGGGGUACACGCCAGGUGUCCUGACAGAUGCCACUGCAGAACUCGCCGUCUCCCUCCUACUCACCACCUGCCGCCGGUUGCCAGAGGCCAUAGAGGAAGUCAAGAACGGCGGCUGGAGCUCCUGGAGCCCCUUAUGGAUGUGCGGCUACGGACUCUCACAGAGCACUGUUGGCAUCGUGGGGCUGGGGCGCAUAGGUCACCUGCACUUGCCCUCUGGAAGGUGGGACCAAGCCAUAGAAGGGUUUCUUGCCUCCAGGUCAGGCCAUUGCUCGACGACUGAAACCAUUUGGUGUCCAGAGAUUUCUCUAUGCGGGGCGCCAGCCCAAGCCUCAGGAAGCAGCAGAGUUUCAGGCAGAGUUUGUGCCUAUUACUCAGCUGGCUGCGGAGUCAGACUUCAUUGUAGUCUCCUGCUCCUUGACACCCGCUACCAGGGGGCUCUGCGGCAAGGAUUUCUUCCAGAAGAUGAAGAACACAGCUGUCUUUGUCAACAUCAGCAGAGGAGAUGUGGUAAACCAGGAAGACCUGUACCAGGCAUUGGCCAGUGGCCAGAUUGCAGCAGCAGGACUGGAUGUGACCACCCCAGAACCACUGCCUCUGAGCCACCCCCUGCUGACCCUCAAGAACUGCGUGAUCCUGCCCCACAUUGGCAGCGCCACCUACAAGACUCGCAACACCAUGUCCUUGCUGGCGGCUAACAACUUGCUGGCUGGCCUAAGAGGGGAGCCGAUGCCCAGUGAACUCAAGCUGUAGCCAGAUGGCCUUCCAUGGGCUGGAGACAUCUUGCUGGACAGAGCCAAGCUGGCCUUCGGACUGAGAGCCUGGGGCAUGCCUCCUCCACUGUGUUUUCAGGGAGUGUGCCACAUACUUGCCAAAAGCCUGUAAUUUUAGCAUUAAACAAUUCCUGACACUA